AUGGCUUCUCGCCGCCAGACGAACACCCGAGUCGCAGUUCAGGGCUACCAAGGCGGUAACCGGACGGAAGGCGACGCGUCGUCGGACGAGGACGCGACGCGCGCGGAGGAUCUGCGCGACGCGCUGAAGGAGGCGCAGUUCGUGCGGUGGUUCCGCGAGGCGUGGCCGUACAUUCAGGGCCAUCGCGGUAGCACGUUCGUUAUCGUCGUUCCCGGGGACGUCGUCGCGAACCGUCAGAUCUUCGACUCCAUCCUGCAGGACGUCGCGUUAUUGCACGGGCUGGGCGUGCGCAUCGUGCUCGUGCCGGGGAGCCACGUGCAGAUCAACGAUCUCCUGGAGGAGCGCGGCGUCGCGUCCGUGUUUCACGGCGCGUAUCGCGUGACGGACACGGAGGCGCUGGCGGCGGCGAUGGAGGCGUCGGGGCGCACGCGCGUGGACAUCGAGGCGAAGCUGUCGCGCGGCCCGGUGAUCCCGGUGCUGCGAAGGCACGGCGAGAGCGAGAAGUGGCACGAAGUGGGCAUCAGCGUCGCCAGCGGCAACUUCGUGCACGCCAAGCGGCGGGGCGUGGUGGGCGGCGUGGAUUACGGGGCGACGGGCGAGGUGAAGCGCGUGGACGUGGCGCGCAUCAGGAGCCGCCUCGACAGCAGCUGCGUGGUGCUGCUCAGUAACCUUGGGUUCACCCCGGCUGGCGAAGUGCUUAACUGCAACACGUACGAGGUCGCCACGGCAUGCGCCAUAGGCCUGGGGGCCGAUAAGCUCAUCUGCCUGCUGGACGGCGCAGUGGCGGACAACCGCGGGCGGCUGAUCCGCUGGAUGACGCUGCAGCAGGCGGAUGUGAUUAUAAGGAACCGCGCCACGCAGAGCUAUGCUGCCGCGGAGUACGUUAAAGCGGUUGCCGGGGAGGAGUAUAUUAGGAGCCUCGGGCUCGUCGGCGCGCAGGGCGCGGGGGGCGCGGAGGGGGAGGGCGCGGGGGAGGGGAGGCGGAAGAAGGGGAAGCGGGGGAAGAAGAAGCGGGAGGAGGGGUGGGGGGAGGGGGCGAGGGGAGGGGGGGGAGGGGAAGGAGAGGAGGAGGAGGAAGAGGAGGAGGAGGUAGCAGCGAGUAUGGAGAGAUGGAAGGCACAGCGGGCGCUGUAUAGCAUGAGCUUUGAGAAACCUGGUCCGCCCCUCCCCACGUUCAGUGGAGCGCGAGAGGGGAGGGACGUGCGGAGCGAGAGGGGGAACGGCAGGGGCAAUGGCGCGGGCGCGGAGGGGCUGGGCGCGCGGGAGAGCUGGGGGAAUGGCGGUUUGGCGGAGGCGGGGUUUGGGGAGAGUGCUGCGCGGGGUUGGGGGGGGAAUGGGGGGGGUGGCGCGGCGGGGAGGGCGGAGGAGAGGCGGGGGUUCGCGGUGGGCGGAGAGGAGCGGUCGGUGCAUCGAUAUGGAUUCCUGUCAGAGCUCACUGCUGCUGUUUAUGCUUGCCGGGGCGGGGUGCGGCGGGUGCAUCUACUGGACAGUGCAGUGGAGGGCACGCUGCUGCUGGAGCUGUACACACGGGACGGCGUGGGUACCAUGGUCUCCAGUGAUCUAUAUGAGGGCACGCGGGCGGCGCAGGUGUCGGACAUGCCCGGCAUCAGAGCGCUGCUGGAGCCCCUGGAGGCCGCUGGCGUGCUGCUUCCUAGAGGGGACGAGCAGCUGCGCAGGGAGCUCCCAUUCUUCACGGUGGUGGAGAGGGACGGCCACACCAUAGCCUGUGCGGCGCUCUUCCCCUUCCCCUCCGCGCGCAUGGCUGAGGUUGCUGCCUUUGCCGUCUCGCCUGCAUCACGGGGCAAUGGGCGCGGGGACAACCUGCUGGCAUACUUGGAGAAGCGGGCAGUGGACAUGGGCAUGGAGAAGCUGUUCCUCAUGACCACACGCACUGCCGACUGGUUCGUGCACAGGGGGUUUGCCCCGUGUGACCUGGAGAGGCUACCGGAGGAGAAGCUGAAGAAGGUCGACCGCAGCCGUGGCUCCAAGAGCUUUGUGAAGGACCUGGAGGUGAGCGACGAGGAGGAUGCGGAUAGCGAUGAGGAGUGGGACGACGCGGGGUUGCCAACCGACCUUCCCAACUUUGUGAAGGACCUGGAGGUGAACGAGGAUGAGGAUGAUGACGGACCUUCCCAAGUUUUCCUAGGGGGGGGUAGUGGUGAUGAUCAGGGCUCAGGAGCUGGGUUGCAUGAGGACGUGGCUAGCACGAGCACUCAUGGGCGGCUUGAGUCGUCACGUGGUGCCGUGCCUGGUGCUAGCUUUGUGAAGGACCCGGAAGUGAGUGACGAGGAGGAUGCGGACAGUGAGGAGGAGUGGGACGAUGUGGGAUUGCCGACCAACCUUCACGAGUAUUCUUAG